UUUCCAGGUUGGCUUCAGUGUACCCAUUUGAACGUUGCCGCAGAGAGGAAUGGUGCAACUUGUACGCCAAGGUCUAACCCAGAAUGUGGCGGAGCCAUUGAUGGAAGAACUGAUACUGGAAGUACCGAGCGAUUCAUUAAGAUCACAUUUGCUCGUGAUUUUCUCGUUAACAAGUUGGUGAUACAACUGGGCAGCCCGAAUCCACAGAUCAGUGAUAUAUGUUUGAACUUCUCAGAUUCCUCAUUAGAAUCAGUAAGUUUUUUUUCUGUUUUACGAGGAUGAAUCAUAAUGCCUUCUUUGAGAUGGAAAAGUGUUUUUUUCUCUUAAUCGCCACGCAAUAAUUUUGUAGUUAUUCUCAUAGAUUUCACUGGAGUAUAGGCCGUUGUCGUACUCCUGUCUCCCACCUCCAAUCAAUGGCAUUCUUGCCAAAAAUUAAAUCGCUAUAGAACAAAAGAAGCACUCUAAAGCUGGGGAUACCGUCUGCUAACGACAGGAGUGCGGUAGUGACUCAACGUUUAAACUGUCAUUGCAUUUGCUUGUAACAAGAUUCCACUGCUAACUACGAAAUAACCGGAUUGUGCAUAACAACACCAUGUUGAAUAAAUUUGAAAACAUCAUUAUCACCGGCGGGAGGAAUGCUUGACUGACUCCCUGGACACGUGCAUGUCAACCCAAUUAAUCCAAACAGUAGCUCCAUAGUGCAAGAAACUUCUCUACAGUGUUCACAACAACUUCUUAAAUCUCAUGCAGAUAACCUUAAAACCCAACGCAGUUAAGGAAGAGAUUACCUUUACACCGCGUGUUGUAAAAUGGGUUCAGAUAUUCUCUACUACAGCUGGUGGAUUCAGAGAAAUAGAGGUGUACCACGAUCACUGCAUUAGAGGUAAAUAGGCUUUUUAGGCAACCUUAGCCGCGGUGCAAUCGAUGCUGACUUUAUAAGUCUCCAUCAAAUAAUGGCUGUGAAGACUGCAGCUAGAAUUUCAUUGGUAGUGUUUGUAUUUGGGUUUGGUGCGAAAAAUGAUGCCAAUACAUACUUAGAUGUGGGGCACAUUAAAAUGGAGGAAUGAGUCGGGUAGGAAGUCCAUCAAUAAUCCGCUGCCUUACCCAUUUCCUCUUUGUCUUAGUAGCUCAAUCAGCACAAGAUCUGUGAUAGAGGAUGUUGCACAUUUAUCUGGCUUAAGAAUUCUCUGUAAUCUCACCUUGCAGAUAGACAAUGUGACCUCAUCAACCUUCUCCCUUCUAAUGACAGCGGUCCCAUCGCCCUUGUUGACGACACUGUUAUGUUCAGCAUCCAAAUGGACAUACCAGAACCUGUAAAUGUUCGCUUCACCACCAAAUCCCACUCAGACGAUGGAUACAUUUUCAAGAUUAGUACUAUCUAUGUUAAAUUAUUUCGUGUAGUUUCUGAUGCAGAGACAUUAUUACAGCAGAGGAACUUUAGCGAUGUCAUGGGUGUAGGCUGGCGCACACUCUGGGUAAAUUACCGCUGCACGAGUGUUAUUCUUGGCUCAGGAAAUGAUGUAAUUUUGAAAUUCGACGACAUGGUCAAUCACCAAAUCAUUCAUUUCAUCAAGUUUGAAAAGCCACUGAAUAGAAAGACCAUUCUGCUGUGUAAUAGAAGAGGUAAACCUCACGUUUAUAUAGUAACUGUAUCCUAGAAAAUGGACAGGGAUAAAUCAUUGCACAUCUUCGACUCAAUAACUUUUGUCGUUGCUAGGGACUUCCCCUUUUCACCUUCUUCCCGGGAGAGUGAGAAAGACACACUCUAAACAAGACAGAUCACUUGCAACCCAACCAAACAUAAAUGAAUAAUACAAUAACACUAAAACUAACCACCGGUGUUAGAAGGUUAAGAGAAAGCUAACUGCUGACUGGAUUCUGCGGCAAAUUGGUGAGAUUUAAAGUCGUAGUUAUGCGCAAAGAGAGAGAUUUAUAAACUCAUAAGCAGCUCACUAACUCACUCCAAACUGGCCACAGAUAGGUAUUGAAACUUUUACUUUAUUUUCGUUGCCAUCACUUUAGACAAGUGUCAUAAUGAUGCUAGUUACUACUGGCCAUUAGACAAAGCAAUCGGCGAAGUCUUACACGACGUACAAGGCAGAAGUGAUGGUAAAGUAAACACAACUCUGAUAAAAAGCGAUGUUUGGGUCAGCGGUCCAAGAUGGCACUCUGUGAGUUCAGCUGCAUUAAAUCUAUUUAAAUCUGGGUAAGUGUGUACCUCUUUAAGGAUCGUACUGUAUGGGAAAAAACGAAGUGUUGGAUGGUACUUUGUCUCACAAAAAAGUUUGCCUUGCAAAGUAAAUUAGGUUUCAACAAGGUGUAUGUUAUCAGGGAGAGCGGGUGUCAUGGGCUGUCUCCAAAUUACCAUCUCCGUGAUUCUUAGGAUAUGUAAAUUAUCCUGUGCCUUAAUUACCAUCAUGGCAAACAAUUAUAUAAAUAUAUAUAUAUGUAUAUAACUAACUGCAGACAGUACUGUUUCGGCCUUCUGGGCCUCAUCACUGCAAUGCUGAUGCUAGGAUGGAGGUAAGGCCAUAUAGCCACCCCAAGUGAUCUCACACAUGUAGAAUCAUCUAAGCCAUGCCAGAUAUAUAUAUAUAUAUAUAUAUAUAUAUAUAUAUAUAUAUAUAUAUAUAUAUAUAUAUAUAGGAAGUCUGCCGGUCGAUUUUCGCGUGGAAGAGUGCUCAAUACGUUGAAGUAGAGCAGAAUAAAUAUUAUGAGAGGAAAAAACGACGCAACUACAUAUCCCGACAAGCCUGUUUCGUGAAUCGCUGAAGAGUGAAGCGAUUCACGAAACAGGCUUGUCGGGAUAUGUAGUUGCGUCGUUUUUUUCCUCUCAUAAUAUUUAUAUAUAUAUAUAUAUAUAUAUAUAUAUAUACACACAUAUACAUACAUCCCUUUUGAUUCGUAUUAUUUCGUCAAUAAUAAUAAUUAUUACAAUGAUAAUAAACAUCAGCUUUCAUUCAAAACGAAGAGCAGAAUGAAAUCUUUGAGAAGUUAUUUCAAUCUUUCGUUAUGUAUCUUUCCGAUUUCAUAGGCGCAUUUCUAGUGCUUGGUAAGUAAUGAUAAUUGAACUGAGUGGAGUGCAAUUUGGGCUGAAAUCAUACGCAUGAUUUGAAAUCACAAGUAUGAUUUCAGACCAAAAUUGCACGACACGAGGUUCAAUUACCACUUUAUUACAUCCAUUUUGAGAUCGCCCAAAUACAGGACUUGGUCAGUUCAAAUAUUUUAUUGAUGCAGUUCUGGGCCGGUUUGAAAUUAAAUUCAUCCCUUUUUUUGGGGAGGGGGGGGAAUAAGAGUUUUGGAAAGAAAAGUUACAAAAUUUGCCAUACGAUACUCUUUGGCUUUCAUUUUCUUGCAAUUUGAUUGGUUACUUUAAACAAGCCUUAAAAUGUGAUUGGUUGUUUUGUUUUUAGUGAAGCCUCCUCAUUGGCUGGGAAAAAGAUGGGAUUUAAACAAAAAAUGGUGCGAUUUGUGAAUAAAUUGCAUCAAUUAGAGCCAGUCAGAUUACAGGGACCACCAGUGAUUUCAAAAUGGAUGUAAUAAAAAAAGAAAUCGCCCCAGAUUAUUCUAAAAGAAAGGGUAAUGAAUUAUCAGCCACUGAGUUUAUUGACCGAGAUUUUCCUGUUGUUUUCCUAGACCCAUUGCCUUGAUACGGAACCUUUCAUCAACGUGCCUUGGUGAUAUUCAACAGUGCUAUGACGGUCUCACUGUAGCAUUUUGGUUCCAACUAACUGAGAAUAUUGCUGACUCUCAGUGGCUGUUAUACUCCGCUAAAGACUUUACAGACAUUUCCAUAACAGUACAGUCGAAUAACAUAACGGGUGCCUUUUUCAUCUCUGGAAACACGUGGUCGGCCACUUUUGACGUCACACUCCAUCAGUGGCAUCACGUGGCUUUCACGUGGGCAAAGAGCAAUGGCUUCAUAGCUAUUGUGAACUUUGUACAUGUGAAACAGGGUGGUGUAGAUUAUUCUUUGACAUCUAGUAGUGGUGACAAUCCUUUAACCAUUGGUCGAGGACUAACGAAAUCUUCCCUUUAUAUGAGCCACGUUGUUGUAUACGAAAGGUUUCUCAGUUCGUCGCAGAUUCAAAGGAUCGGAAAAUGCACUAAUCUUGUCUCAGGUGAGAUUUUAGAUCUGCAAAUGAUGGUAAAAACGUUCGUCGCAAAUCAUGCACGGCUCUUAAGCCCUUUUUUUCGUCUGUUAUAAUCAACUUCAGGUUUAAUGCUUCAGGUGUAAGGGUUGAGCAAGGGUUAUAGUGCAGCACGAUGGGAUGCAAGCUAAUAUUGCACUCAUGAUUGGAAUCAGAUGAUGUGCAGGUCUUACUUACAAAACAUGCUAAUACAGCGACCUGUUUGUUUCUUUAUUUCCUAUAGACACAGAUCCUGAGUCGUAUGGUGUCAUUACAGGAAUUGUCCCUGAUGACCAGUUCAUUGCUUCAUCCAGCCUCAACCAACAAUCAGGUCCUCACCAAGGAAGGGCUCGUGUCAGCCAACCAGGCUUGUUCUCGGGUAGGGGAUUAAUUGAUAAAAAAAAAAUAAAAAUAAAAUAUAAUAAUAAUAAUAAUAAUAAUAAUAAUAAUAAAAACUACGGUGAGGGCUCCGAUGAGAUCCAAUUCCCCGUUCUUUAUUAAGUCUCUUUUAAUAAUAAGCCCUUUGUCAAGGACUUUUUGUUUCUGUUAAGCCCCCUUCUUUCCCUUUCUUCCAAACGAAAACUCUAAAAGAAAAACAUAAGGAAGAUGUUACCACUAAGAUGACCUUAUGUUAAUGGUUUAACUGUAGUAUUGUUAUCAAUUUGGAUUAAACUGCGUUUCAGAAGCGAAUAUAUUCGUUUCAAAUCUGUGUUGGUGUACAUUUUAGAUAUUGUAGGUUUUUCACACAAGUAAAAUGCACCAUUUUAGUCCCCAUACAACAAUAUCACAACAACAACAACAACAACGUUUUGGUUGUCAAUUCAGGAUCAUGGAUCCCAAAUGUUCAGUCAAAGUCUCAAUAUCUUCAAGUCGAUCUUCUUCAAGUCAGGAACAUCAGUGCUAUCAUGACUCAAGGAAGGAACGAGUGGGAGUGUAACUGUGGCGAGUGGGUGACAUUGUACACACUCUCUUACAGUCUCUGUGGCAGCAUUUGGUCGGACUACAUAGCCAAUGGCAGCAUUAAGGUAAGGCUACUUUAUUCUGUAACGUAUCAUUAUGUUCGCGCCAUCCUUAUUAUCCUCAUUAUCUCCAUCAGCUUUGUCAUGAUCAUCAUCGAAUCCUAUCCUUUGUCGUUAUAUUUCUGCCCCUCACCAUGGCCAUUAUCAUCAUCUUCAUCAUCAUGAUCACCAUCAUCGCUGCCGUCACUCUCAUAACCGCCAUCCUUGCCACCACGAUCAGUGCGUUCUCUUAAUCACGACAGGUACAGAAGAUGAAAACUUCAGCUCAGUACCUGUCAUCAGCGACAAACUUGUCGACACAUUGCUAUUGAAAUCCCAAUAUUCUGGAAUAGCAUAUCAAUUUUACCUCUGAUGCCUUUACUUCCAUCCACCCUUUCCACCAGAAAAAUUUGGACUUUGUUUUCCGUCUGUGAUUUCACAACACUAAAUAGUGGGAGGGAGGUAUUGUAGCAAAUUACACUUUAAUUCAAGACUAAUUCCUAAAUAUAUCCUUUAAAGCGGUUACAUGGAUGUUAUGUGUCAACUAAUUUUGGCACCGAUUUGUACUAUUUGAGUCUUCAGUAGUGCAGUCUCCAGGAAGCUUCCCUCCGCUGCAAUUUUCAUUAUUAACAUCAUUUGUCCUUCGCAGUAUUUUUUCGGAAAUCACGAUGGGGAAACUAUAGUGUCCAACUUCCUGUGUCCUGACCUAACGGCCCGAGUGUUACGUUUCCAUCCUUUCUCUUGGCAUAAUGCCAUCGCCUUGAGGAUUGACGUAGUAGCCAGUAAGAAUGGUAAGAUUUAAGGGUUAUUUGUUAGGCCAGCUUUCAUUAGUUGUGCUUAUUGUCCCCUACAAGGACUGAAUGACUGAAAUUCUUGCCUGAUGUUUAGCGCCUUAUUUUAUUCACUUAACUUUUACUUCCCCAAGAAGGCGACCUCUUUUUUGUUUACAGGUCAAUUAAACAUCUGCCAGAUAAGGAUAUUUUGACUUGAUUAUGACAUCCCCUUGCCAAAGAAUUUAACAUUAGUAAAUCUUUGGAAAAGUUGUCUGCACCACUUAACUUUCGUUCUUUUCUUCUCCACAUUCACUGAUACAGCCGUUAAUUACUUGGGUUGCUUUUCCUCGCCAAGUGACAUGGUCUUAUCAAACGACACCGUCGUAUCCAAACUGACUCCAGAGCGUUGUGUCACUGCGUGUGGUAAGGCAGGUAAACGAUACGCACGCAUCACACAGGGAACUCAGUGUCACUGCUCUAACAAUUCGCCUGAUGUCGAUAAGGUGACAGACGAUGCUGCAUGUUAUUACCCAUGUGAAGGAGACAAAGCACUCAAAUGUGGGAGCAACUUAUACUUCAGCGUUUACUACGCCCCUGGACAAUAUGAUUUCCCUUUGGCUUUGUCUGUUACAAGCGCCUCUGAGGCUUUUGAGAGAGUGCAGAUUAUGGUGACACCAAAUUAUGGUUCUCUAGUGAUGCUAAACUUUGGCGAUGGAACAGUGAUAUAUACCAAGAAUUCAAGUAUCGAAUAUGUAUACACCACUCUGGGAUUACACGAGGUACUCUUUUGUAUUAGUGCGGGGUUCAUAGAAAGUGGAACACAAGACGUGUUCUAUUAAGAUAAUCUGUUUCAACCGCAAUUGAUUUAGGGAGAGACGAUCGAAGUCCCUCAGGAGAACAAAUCAACAAAAGUUUUCGGUUUUAAACGUGUUGACUCCUGGGAAUAGUCGUCAUCAUUUUUUUUUUUUUUGCGAUCAUAAGGUCAAGGGAGACAACUUAUGGCGCCCAUUUUCCGUCCUAUUAGGCGAUUCUAACAGCUUUUUCGCUUUAUGACUUCGCCUCCCGUUUCCAGCGUAUCAAAAGAACACGAAUAUCAAAAGAACACGAAUAUCAAAAGAACACGAAUAUCAAAAGAACACGAAUAUCAAAAGAACACGAAUAUCAAAAGAACACGAAUAACUCGUUGUUUUACUUAUGUAGAUAGCGAGUGUCACGGGCGGUAUCAGACGCGUCUUAAAAAAGUGAACGAAAAUGGCAGCGGUCGCCGCCGGUACUCGGUACUGAUCAGCUAAAUCAACCUGAAACUUUACUACUUAAUAAGGAAAGGAAAAGCUAAGAAAACCCAAUCUUAAACUGUUUGAUCCCAAUAGUAUACGACCGAAACAUCUUGAUAUUGGUGCUACUAAAUUACUGAAUUGUUUUAGCGGAAACUACUUGUUAUGUAAUUCAAAGGAAAACUAUAUGUUUUGGCUUUUAAUUUAAAUCAUUUAUGUAACUACUCGACUAAGGGAUUACGUUGAUGCCAAAAUUUAAUAGAAAUUUACCCUUUAGGUUUAUGCAGAAACAACGAUUGGUUAUUACGGGCAGUGUCAAAAAAUCUACGACAUGAAAACCAUUAAUGUAUCCCUUCCGGUCACUGGAGUAAAGGUACAGUGUCCGAGCGUAGUGGAGGCGUGGUCGAGUUUUGAGUGCAGUCUGAAAGUUGGAACUGGAUCAAAUAUGGACAUGCAAUUUACAACUCCGCUCGGCGAGGUCGUCAAUGGUUCAAUGGAAGGUACAUCUAUUUAGUAAAUAGAUUUCACUUGGCCGCGCGUUUAUUCAGUAUUAUACGAUGGCUUAACCCUUAACGCCCUAAAAUCAGCAUACAUAUUCUCCCUACUGUUCUUUAUACAUUUCCCAAGGUGCUGCCAAGGAGAAUUUGUUUAGUAAUCAAAAGCUUCUUUCGUUGGUGAUCAUUUCCUUUAUUCUCAUGACUUUAACGUGUGAUUUAAGGGUGAUAUUGUAGGGAGACAUUUGGCGCUAGUCACUCUUAGGGUUGAAAGGGUUAAUUCAUAAACGCAUUUUGAUUGGUUCUUUUUCAUAAUCUAAAGGAGGACAGACGCACAGAUGACGUCACAACUAACAAAAUUUUGCUUUCUUAGCAUAUGAAACAAAUAGAAUUCGUGUUUCUGUGCGUCUUUCAGUUACAGAUAACAGAAGACUUGCAAAUGUGGUAACAACACUAGCGACACACUCGGCUGAGCCUCGUGUCCCUUUUUUUAGCCCUUACCUUAUUUCGACGUCACCUUUGAUUUAUUACUGAACAGAACCACGGCAACAUGAGAUGUGUUUUUUUAAUGUUACGAUGCAAGAGUUUAUAGGACUUCAAGAGGCUAUAUUAGCUUGAAUAAAAUGCUGAAGUUUAUUCAGUUCAAGGAUUUGACACAAAUUUAACAAAAAAAUUACCCAUGGAGGACUAUACAUUCAAAGUUCUUUUAUUUUUUAUCUUCUUGCCUUAAAUUUCCUUACAGGUGAACCAAGAAAGCUUCAACAACGAGUAAGAUUUUUUUUUUUCGUUCUUCAGACUCGACUCCACAAAUGGUCGGAUAUAAAACACCACUCCCAUCAAGUGAACCCAAAUUCAAUUUAUCUGAUGCUAACAAAACCAUCAUUUUACCAAAUUAUUACUUUGGUAAAACUGGAAGACUGGUGGCAAUGAAAUCCAAUACCACUCGUGCUGGAUACAUCGAGUUGCAGGUAGGCACCACAUCGAAUGCACGUAUGUGGAAAUAAGCUUUUACUAACGAGUUCAAAGAAAACUUCAACAAGCUAACCACCAACAAGAUUCCAAAUUUGAUCAUUUCCGUCAGCUUUAGGGGUUCCAGCUGAAAACAAGUGAGACACUAAAAUCAAAAGGGCUGUCAAAAAAAUUGUAUUUCUCUUUCUCGGAUUAUAACACUCUCGUUAUUCGCCCCUUUGCUAAAUGAUGUUUUCAUGUCACGCGCUUUUUUACGGUUUUUAGUUGGAACAAUUGUAACAAUGCAGAAAUUUUGUAUCUGCUCGAAAAAACGAGAUUUUUCACUAUGCAUAGAAGUUAUUGGCACAUCAUAUUCAUUACCCAUACAGCUUUCAAUAUCAUGAUGUCAUCAAGAAAAUCCUGGCGAGGAAAUUUAUUUUUACAUUCAGGAAUUUUUUUUUUCAUUCGUCAAUUUUAAGCGCAAUAGACCUUAUUCUUAUUAAUUGCAUCGUUUGUGGGCAAUUAUUCUCCAUUUUGAUUGGCAGGUUCUCCGUCCUCUUUGCAUUCUACCCGCGGAGAACAAAUAUUGUUUUCAAAAUGGAAGCUGUACAACCAAACUUCCUGAGUGCUCUCUUAGUAACCUUGGCUACCAAUGUUCAUCAGCAGCCAACGUUUUCUGUGGUCAAAGUAUCGAUUGUCAGAUGGGUCUGCUUACCUGCCCAGCAAACCAAACCUCGAAUUCAACCUUAAGUACACAUUAUGAAGUAAUUUAUACUUCGACGCUUUACUUACCUGAAGGGUUUCACAUUACGAUUGUCAACCAACCGGGUUUCAUGGUGCGUACAGCAGAUAUUGUGUCUAUUGGCGCAAUUCAAAACAUCGCUGCAGGGAUAAUCUCGACGGAAUCAGCAGGAAAUGCUUUUAUUUUUUACCAACAUCACCUUUCAGUUGGAGAGGUAGUGUUAGGGAGAAACAACGCAGCCUUUACUGAGAUACAUCACACGUUCCAUCUUGUGGUCGUUUAUCUUCCCCCAUCAGAAAUGGUGGUUUCUUUAGGAAACUAUCCAGUAGGUCAUUGGAAACAACAAGGAUCUGUCGCAUGGAGGAGCAUUGAACUUAACAUCACGGCCUGUGUUAGCAUGAAAAAUAUUACUUGGGAGGUACCUGAUUUCGUUCCAAAGAAUAAAACCUUUAAUAUCGUUGUACCUCCGCAUCCCGGACACAACGUCACGUUUGGAAUUCAAAUUAUGGAGGAAAAUUCGUCAAACGUUCUGUACAAAAAAGAAGAGAAAGAGUUCUUUUAUUCUUGGACGAACGUCUCAAAAUCUCUUCCAUUAAGAAUAGACAGGGAGAGCCAGACCACCUUACUUUUGACAGCUUCCAAUCUCCUGUCAUCAGCGAUGCGCAAGUGUCAAGUCGAAAUUAUGAUUCCCGUAGAAGAAGUUUACCUCUUUAACAUCACUUUAACUUCGCUUGGCAAUGACACGGAAAUCAGUUGGGUCGUAGAGAGAGGAACAAAUAUUAGUUACCUGGUUUCAUUUGGUGACGGAAAUUACUUUGAAGGUUCGUUUAGAAAGCUAGGAAUUUUAGUCGGCUCGUACCUACACAAAUACUCAAGAGAGGGAAACUUUACUGUGAAUGUGACAGCUUAUAAUUUUGUGUCGACUGAAACUGUCACUGGUGUAGCAGUCGUCAUUGCUCCCAUAGUAAAUGUUACCUGUAGAGUUAUCCACGCUGCUCGUGAUAUCGAAGUGAAUGAAACUAUUCAAAUUAAUGCCACGUUUCCUCAAGGAAGUAACUCUAUGGCGCUGGUGGAUUUCGCAGAUAGUUCAAAAACCACUGGUGUACCAACUCAGACACUCAUUUGCAGUGACACUUGUCGGCCAAUGUACUCCUUGGUAGUGUCACACAAUUACUCCACAUAUGGUAGUUACACUGCAAACCUGACAUUCAUUAACUCUGUCAGUAAGAGAACCUGCUUACCAAACAUCUUUGUCCAUAAGCCUGUGUAUCCUUUGACAGGCUUUAACAUAACAUGCCCUCUUGCCAACCUGUCCACGCCAACUUUCUGCAUGUUGGAUGUGACGGGCGGAAACGAUUUUUGGUGCGACUGGGACUUUGGCGCCAAUAGCCAAAAAGGUAAAAGCCAUUACUGGAAUCUGACACUACCAGUUGCAAAUAACUACUCGGACGUUGGAAAUUUUACCAUCAGGACUAAUUGUAGCAACCGUUUGUAUAACACAACUGUGAUAGGAAAUGCUAUUGUACAGGAACCAAUCACAGGCUUUGUUGUAACGUGCCCAGAGGCACAAUCCGUUGAUGAAGCUUUAAACUUGGACGUGCAAGUCGCAACUGGAACAGGAAUGAAUUUUGAGAUCAGUUUGAAACAUAUUUAUGCUGAUAAUCUCACGUUACGACUGACCAACUUUACAGAUCAUAAGUCACCAACGUUUUCUAUAAGCCCACAGAAAUUUCCAGUUGUUGGAAUUUACCUUUUGACGGUGAAAGUCGCUAAUCUGGUAACACCACAACAGAUUUACACCCGUGAGAUCAAGGUCGAUAAAGUGAUCGCCAACCUUCGUCUGCUUAAUAACGAUACUUUCAUUCCUGUAAACAAAACCAUUAAAUGUGGGAUAUCGAUAGAUGCCGGGACUAACAUAACUUUGGACUGGGACUUUGAAGAUGGACGGAGAUCCGUUUCACUGUUUACCGGAGACUCUUUAAGGUUACUCGGUGACUUUUUGGAACAUUUAUAUACAGACCAUGGAGCUUACCUUCUAAACGUCACAGCCUCAAACCCCGUCAGUAAAGUGACAGUUACCAAAUAUCUUUACGUGCAGUAUAUUGUAAAAGACAUUGAAAUCACAUCAGACAGUCCACAGGAAAUUCCACCGGGCACUGUAACGUUCACGGUGUCUGUAAAACCGGACACUCACCCACCUACAAAUGCUACGAUAGACAUGGACUUUGGUGACAGUACGAGCAGGAUGAACAUACCUCUCGGAGAGGCGCAAGGCAUCAACAUCAUCAACAACUACAUAACCCCUGGGAUGAUACGAGUAAAUAUGACCAUGAGAAAUGAUGUUAGCUCCGUCAAUCUAACGCAUGUGGUGGACGUUCAGCGGAGUAUUAAAGACCUGCAGAUUUUGGCUUACCACACUGAUGGAGACGCCGGAUAUGGUGCCCCGGGAAGAGGACCAAACAAGGCGGACUUUCCAAUGGAAUACGACGUUCUGCUUGUUGCCAACAUUUCAGACGGAACAGCAGUAACUUACCGAUGGGAUUUUGGAGAUGGAACUUCGGUUGAAACUAAGAAAAUAAAUGUAUUACACCGUUACCUCAGCCCAGAGGGAUUUGCAGUCACUGUAGAGGCAAAGAACUCUAUUAGUGAUGCAAGUGUCAGUCGCACGAUAAGAAUAAUGAAGAGUAUAUUUAAUGUUUCGUUUGAAAACGACAGCCCAACGGUGCAUGAGUUCAACACCACGUUGUUUAUUACGAUCGGACAGCGAGGUACUGAUUCCUGUUUCCUGGUAGACUUGGGUAACAGCACAAGAAUUCUUUACAAAGGAUUCAGUAAUGUGAGUUGUGAUGACGAGCUGAAGAAAACAAACGAUGUUAGAGUUCUACCAUCCCUUAACUUCAAUAUCACUUUUGAGUACUGGCAGAAAAUAAAUUACGCUGUGAAUCUAACAGCUCUCAAUUCCGUGUCUAGAGUUACUAUUCACGGCUGGGUGGUUAUCUUGCACCUUCCUUGUGACUUCCCCGUUGUACGAAUACCAGAUGCUGGACGAUCAUUUGGCACUCGCCGAAAGUAUUUCAGAGCAGAUUACGUAACAAUCAAAUCCCGCUGCACUAUUAACUGUUUGGCAUCAAGAGAGACAUCAUUUCAUUGGGAACUCACACGGAUUUCGUCUGGAGCUGACAAUGGCACCAUUCUUCGGACAGAUAGUUUUGACAAGAAUCAAUCCGUGUUAAUUGUACCGCAGCGAUCAUUGCCGUACGGAACUUUCAUGGUCCGACUCAAUGUGAGUAUGGUUGGGCUGCCUCUUGUUCACAGACACAAGAACGCGUACAUCGAGAUAAUGCCGUCGCCGUUACUCGCAAAAAUCAUAAGUGGAAAUGCCUGGAGUCAGUCGGUGUACAAAAAAAUAGUCCUUGAUGCUUCACAUUCACAUGAUCCUGAUUAUGGAUCAGAGGACAAACGUGGUCUUGAGUACUUUUGGUACUGCAAGACGACAGCUGAAAAUUACGAAUUUCCCUCUGUUCCGAGUAAAAAUUUCACAAAUAGUGAUGGCACUGAUUCGAGAGGGUGCUUUAGAAAUGGAACCAGACUUCUGUCAGUUAGCACAGACAUUCUAGAGAUCCAACCGAAUGUACUAUGGGUAAACACGACGUAUGUAUUUAAAUUCUUCGUAACAAAAGACUCCCGAAUGGCCAUGUUUUUUGUUCGUGUCUCCCUGACAUAUGAAGACCCGCCUACGAUGAGCAUAAGGUGGGUAGUUCAAAUUACUCGUUUAUUUCCAACAUAGGCUCAUCUUACGGUGAGCUAACAAAAUCUUCUUUGUACUUUUUGAAAGGAAACCUUACGAUGAAUUUCCAGGAAAAGAGAAUCCGUCUGCCAAACUGUCUUUGGAGGGAGUAUGCAAAGGCUGUAACCAACAGGAUAUCAACAGCUUAACGAUUUCAUGGAGUUUGUGGGUCACUGGUGAAGGUUACGGGGAUGGAAAUGCACACAGUGCGAUAGAAAUGGCUGACCAUACAGUAACGGACUGGACUAGAGUAGCAAAUCUCUUGGCUAUGACGAGAGCAGGCAUCGCUUCUGAGUUCCUUAUCUUAAGGGCGAACAGUCUGGAAAGUGGAGUUUCAUAUACUGCCAGAGUCGAAGGUAAUUCUGAUAAAGCUGCUUCUUUAUCAACCUCGUUUCUGUAUAAUCUAAAGCCUCAAAGAAGGUAUAAUUGUGGCCGUUAACAAAUGCGUAUAGGUUUGAAUUAAGUCCCUCGUGUAUAAAGUACAAUGAUAGAAUGGAUCAGUGUUAAUAUCUGAACAACUAUUAACCCUUAACCCAACAUUAACCUUAAAUUGUUAUCAAUUGACUGCGGUUGGGUUAGGGGAGGGGUAAGUGUGCAGUUGCUUAGAUACCAGCUAACAUUUAUUCAAUAGAAUUAUGAUUUUGGUGGAGCAAACAGAAAGAAAAGAAGGGGAAAUGUAUAUAGCAACUUCAGAAAAAGUGACUUACUCAAAGAUCCUCUGAAAAAUAAUCCUUUUCCUUAAAAAAUACGAAAGCAUUUCACUUAUCAAGAUACUUUCGCCCUAAAGUUUUUAUUGUUCCUUUUUAACUUUUGUUCCAGGCCGAUUUGGUGAAGGUGCCACUGGUUUUGCUGAGUAUGUGUUUGUUACAGCCUCCCCUCCCACCGGUGGGGAGUGUCACGCGAUUAAAGGAGAUGGCAGUGGUCAUGAAGUACUUAUCACUCUGAGUUGUAACGGCUGGACUAGCUCCUCGGGCUCGACUAAGUUAAUGUAUGACUACUUCUACAAAACCUCGCCAGAUGGUGCAGAAUAUUUGUUUCAAUACACAAGGGACGGAACUAUUGGGAACAUUCGGUUGCCACUUGGAUUGAGGGAGUAUAACUACACGCUGUAUCUAAAGGCUAUCAUCUCAGACGAGCUUGGGAGUAAAUCAGAGGCCAAGUUUGAGUAUCAGGUAAAACUCACUGGGUUCUGAUAGUAACCUGUUUCUGCUGGUUUCAUGGACUUGCAUGAAGGGAAGAUAUUGUUCGUGCACUCAAAAAACUUCUAGUUACGUUGGUCAUUGUGAUGCUCUUGUACAUGGAAAGUAGUCGAUUCCAAUUACACCUUUCCAAAUUUCCCCGUUCCUUGUAAACAGUUACCUCUAUCCAAUAGACUGGAGGGAAAUUUUAAUUGUGGUAAUAGUAAAUGGAAUAAGCUUCUCCCUUCUCCCCUUAUGUUGAACCUGCAUUGGAUUCGAAUGAUUUUGUGUUGUAGUGAGAUCAACUUGUAAAUGCGAGAUUCGAGUAAGGUUACUUAGCUUCCUCGGUUUUUCCAUAAUAAUUGCUUAGAUUACUGGUCGAGGAGAAGUGUGGAUGUGAGUUGUAUCUGGUCGCAAGGUGCAUCACUUCCAGUCUCGGAAUCUCCUUAUGAUCUAAGCACCGGCCUCAAGAGGUAGCUGUAGGUGUCUGCUUACAAAAAGUGAACUGAAGUCAGUUUGCCUAACCAAGUCUACGGCCAUCAUGGUCUAAUCUCUAGCACAUCAAGGGAGCAAACCCAACAAAACUUGGGCAAAAUUUUCAGUGAUAUAGAUCAUUUUUAAAAAAAGUACAAAACUUUGAAAAAAGCGCAGAAACACGCCAUGGAGUUGGGAAUGUAUGACUGUCAGAGAAGGGCACACCGGCAUGGCCUCCAAAUGAUUGAUGUUUUGAACACGAAUCUGGUACUGAAAACUAAAGAAAUUGUUGCUCGUUUUUGUCGACAUUUCCAGGGUCGAUGACAAAUCAUUCUGAAAUGCGGCAAGUUGGUUUAUUGUAAGCUACUCUUCGGAGCAUAAGAUAGUUUAUCGGUUUUAUAUAUUUUCGUUAAAAGAAGACAGCCAGUUAUGUUUACUUAUCUGAUCUUGCAAGUUACCCUUUUUAACCCUAGAGUUUUCCAAGUGAAGAAGACGACUCUGUUCUUAUCGAAAAACUGUUGGAAGAGAUGACCAUUAACAGUACAUUGCGAACUCUUGAGAUGGAAAGUUAUUCACAGUUUACCAAUCAAUAUAUCGUGGAGGUGGCAUCGCAGUUAAAUGCCAUGUCAGAACGCGCAGCCAACCUCACAGGAUUUAAAGAAGCAUCACGAAACGUGAGUAUAAGCAGCCACGCAUGAUCGACAGUGAUACCUAAGUGUCGUAAGGUACUAUAUGAUGUGUUCAAACAAGACGAUAAAGGUGUAUGCGAGGAAUAAACUCAAUGAAAAAAACUUGGUCUUUUUUCAGUCUAAUGAAAAACACAUGGCGGACCGUAUGCGGGGAUGCCCAUAUAGAAAAUCAGGAGCUUCUAAUUUUGAGAGGAGUCCUCUAAGUCUAAAAUAUCACAGCACAAAGGAUUUAAAAUCAUUUCUACUCUGAAGGUGUUGACUUGUCCAAGGCCACAUUGAUUAUGACAGACUCCUCAUUACGCUCGCAAUUGUUUUUUCCACUGGAGCUCAUAUCCUUCUCUUUACUAGAAACACAGUGGUCAAACGUCUGCGCAUGUGUAAACGUGGUAAUGACUUGGUGAGUUUGUCAGAACCAAGUUUUCCGACACAAAUUAGAAACAAUUACAUAAGCCAGUAAAUCACAGUGUUCUAAAAGCGUGUACAUUUUUCGAUGAAGCUCCAAAAAAAAGGCAAAUCAACAGAAUAUGCGUACUAAAAUAAGCUUUUGAAAAGUCUCGAGUUUUCUUUUUCCCUACUUUAAUUUCCUUUCACUGAUUUCUACGCAACUUUCAAUAUUCUUGCGUUAAUUUUGCGAGACAGCGGAACUUUGUGCGGAAACUUGAUACGCAGCCGGCCAGAUUUGAUCCCCUGACGCAUGCCUGACGUUUGAGCGCUGUGAUACUUGUGACGGUAUUUAAAAUAAAAUGUUGUUAUUCGUUUUCAUCAAAAAGCUUAGUGGAAGUUGCUAUCACUUGCAAAUGUUAAAGUCUGAGCUUUGGCGGGACAAAUAAUCUUGCUAUCCAGUCGAAAACAAAUCCUAUUUUUUUCAAAAAUAACUUGAUAAAAUUUAACUACAAGACUACCUCUGUGCGACGAUGCGCAGAAGACCAAUUUAUACUUCCUAAUCCUUUCUGAAUCACUUUUCCAGAUCCGCACACGAAUGAGUCGGGUUUUGUCAGAAAUUACCAUGGAUGACAUAAAGACAGUCCGAGAGACUGCCAAUGCCGUCUCUAAGCUUGCAACUAUACCUGAUGAGUGUGAGGUUGAGGCUCAGGUAUUAUAAUAAUAAAUGAGCUCUAAAUUUACCGUCUUUGUUACUGUAUCUUUACCCUGGACUCUUUCGACUUUACUAAUGGAAGCAUUUUGCAAGAUGCUUGUCACAUAUGCCGAGACAAUUUGUUCCAUGACAAAUGAUUCUUUCACCGCUCAAAAUUGUUUCCUUACAAAAAAGAAAACCUUCAACGCACUUCUCACGAUAUAUGAAAGCAGAGGUUUACCAGAAUCCUCACUGGAAGCUCAAGAUUAUUUCCUUGUUCCACACUCGUAUAAUGAUUGAAUUACCUGAGCAAUUUCCUGAUGUUUGUUUUGGUUUUGCCUUAUUUCGCUCUGUAGUUGGUCCUCAAAACCCGCUCAGCUUUCCCAACCUAUUAAAUUCAAGAGUGAAGCCCGCAACCUCGUCACUCGCGUUUUCCCGCGCUUGGAGCUGUUUGCUUGUUUUUACCUGGAGUUCUUAUCGCCUCCUUGUGAUUUUUUUCUAUUGUUCUGAUUGGCUGUUAUCAGUAUUUUGAUUUUGGUUUUCCACAUCGAUUCGCUCUGUGCAGUCGAUUUGAACUUUUCACUUGCCGGCUUACUUGGCAUUUUGUUCGUUUUUAUAACAGUUAAACCUGAACAAGACACUCAGCAAUAUGGUGAGCUUAAUCAUACAACAGUCCGCAAUAACAGAUUCUACUGAACUCUGGGGAACGCUAAACACUGUGUCCGAGGCGUUAGGUAACAUGUUGGGGGUCGUAUCUCAUUUGAUGGAUGGAGAAUACUUUGCUGGAAAUAGGACAAACGCGUCAAUGACACAGGAAAAUUUCGAUGUAUUGGUAAGUAGUUGGGCUUGACGUAAGGGAAUGAGAGUUAUCAAAAAAAAUGAGUGGAACUGAAUUCCAUUCUUCUAAAUAAUCCGUUUACUAUACUUUGAAAGGGACAAUUUUCGUUUUUAUCGCCCGCCUAUAUGGGGAAAUGUUUUGAAAACGAAGAAAGAGGGUAAAAAUGUUCGAUAUAUUCACACUAGUCCUGCCACACUUCACAUGGAAAAUCACCUGAUGCAUGCAUACUGCAGCCCGAUGAUAACCAAAAGAGAGAUCGCUCCUUACUUAGAGCUAUAAAGCUACCAAACCCUACAGCUAGUUACGCGUAACAAUUCGUGGCCCUAUUCGCAUAAUAUUCCUCUGUGUCCACUCCGAUCUCAUCUUAAGCAAAUCGAAUCCCAAUAAAGCUUCUCAACAGUCCAUGACAGUCUUUGAAUAAAGAAAAUUCAAGUUUCCAUAAAUUGGAAAGCUUCCUUUGCGGUUAAGCUAAACGUUAACUAUACAAAAGUUACACUUCUCUUCUAUUAAAACUCGAGCAACUCUUUGAUUAUAGCAUUCUUGAACUUAAUAGCAAUUUCCUUUAAUGUUUAAUUAUAAAUCUUUAAAGGGUAAAAUUCUGAUGGAAAACGUCAUAGAAUACGUCAGACUCCUAUCUGACUCGUAUCUUGGUCACACACUACCAAAAGAGGAACCCAUACAAGUGCGCUCUCCUUCGCUGUAUUUCACCCUUAACCGCGACUUUCCUGCGGGAUUCUCGGGACGUACUCUUCACUGUGGAGUAGGAGGUGUUGAUUUGCCUGACAACUUUGGAGAGCUGGGCAUAUUGAAGGACGGAAACGAGACCGCUCUUAUCGUUAUUGACGCAUUGGUAAGUGUAACUCUUAAUCAAAUCACUUUAACUUCGUUUUUAGUUUCUGGUUUAUCUCUACUCAGAGAAUCCACUAGAUUGAAGGAUGUUUUUUCGACUUUACAAUCCAAAAAAAAUUCUUUCUUUAUUUCAUUAAAGUAGCCAUUUUUCUUAAACUAUAAGUUCACAAGAAGCUUUCGAAAUUGCCCAUUCUAACAAUAUGUAGAACACAAAGCAAUAAUAAAGGCUUAAUUCAUCUUGUUUUUGGAGUGUAAAUUGGGUGCUAGAUAUAUCUUCUCACUCGAAACUUAAAAUGAAGUUUUACUGAUUUAGAAGACCCUACGGGGAAUUUAUAAAAGGAAACCGUAGAAAUAUAUGUUAUUAUGACAGUUAAAUUUUGUUUCUCUGUGGUAUAGUAUCUUUAUGGAUUAUUUCUUAGCUUAUUUCAAUUAAGAAUGUUUAUUUGUGUGAUUUCUUUUUUUCAAUUGCUUUGUUCUAAUACUUUGUGUGGUUCUCACAAAUCCUUUUUUGGUGCCGCAUGUUUCAUGACAGGUCACCUCAACACCUUUCGUACCUUUUGUUUGGUCCCCAAGUGCUAGUCUUGUCAACAGUCACGUGCUUUCAAUAGAAAUACGCAACCACAGCACUCAAGAGGAACUGAAAAUCGAAAACCUUACGCAACCAGUGGACUUGUGGAUAAGAAAAGGGAGCGAGUCCCUUAAAACUUCUCAAGGGAAGGUGGAAUACACCAAAAUCCUCAGGCAUAGGUUUGAAGUAAAGAACAACCGAAGCUCUAUUACCAUUGAGGUGCACCUUCUUGGGGAGUUUACGAAGCAACCUUCUCUGGUCGUUUAUCUGCGAAAAGGAGAAGAACCAACAAUGGACGGCCAUGAGAAGGAUAAAAUACGGGUUGUUCCUCAGCUCAACUCUAGUGUCAACGCAAGCAAUGAAGGGGCCUGGGAUCCAAAGCUACUGUUCUUUAGCAACACGGAAUUCAACGGGACAGCAGCAGGGGAAUAUUUUGUGAUCGUCGAGUACAACGGAACUGUCAGUGGUGCUAGAGUCGAUGAGGAAGAUAGGACGGUGGAAUACUUGUUUUCUUCAUACACAUCCGAGUGCUUGUACUGGAACGAACUGAAUCAAACUUGGGUUGGAGACGGUUGUGUGGUAAGAUACGUCUGCAUACAUAAGUAGGAGUGGAAGGAAACAGAAAUCAAUUCAUUAUCUAUUUGGCUUCUAUCUCCUUCAAUUUGCUAAAUUAUUCUGUAAAUUGAGAGAGGAAUACUCUCGUAAGGACUCGAAAUAGUGCCAUGCCUCAUGAGGAAUGCCCUGACAUUUCAGUUGACUGAUUUCACCUGCAACUACACUGAGCAUAGCGUGUGUUGAAAAUUUCAGCUUUUACGUGAAAGUUGUAUAUUUGGAAUUGCAGGGUAGUCGUUGUAGUUAGUUUGUUCCAGCUUUUUGUUAUUUCCUAUCAGGUUGGACCGUUGUCCAAUUCAACACACACACAAUGUCUGUGCACCCAUAUGUCGUCGUUUGCGAGCAGUUUCUUUGUUCCCCCGAACAAGAUUGACUGGAGAAAGGUGAACCUGAAAGAACUUCUCAAAAAUCCUACCGUCACUAUCAUCGUUUGCUGCAUCUUUCUCCUGUAUUUUCUGCUGGUGGUAUGGGCCCGACAAAAGGACAAGGCAGACCUGUUGUUGGUGAGGAUAUACUAAUACUCAUGAUAAAAACCACAUAUCCACUUUGCGUAUGAUAAAAGCGUUAAGAUAUCACAACGAGCAAUAAGAAGAAAGGAAUUAUUAUUAAAAUUUCCGAAGCGCAGGAAAGCGCGGGCGGUAAAAUUGUGAAGGGGUGUAGGUUUUGGUCCGGACUGGUUGAAAGGAUGGGGGAAGUUCUCUAGGCCAAUAGCUGAUCGAAUUCAAGCAAAAUCGAUAAAAUCAAGGGGUACUUUUGACCCUGAAAAAGCCUUAUUAUCAUCAGUAUAUUCAGCUUUUUGGUAUUAGCAAGUUGGAUCAUUUAAAGUUCGCUUCAAAUAACCUCAGAUGACCACAGUCAAAUCAUCCUGACCACCAUAUUUCAAACCUUACCUUAACCGGAUCUCGGCAUACGAAAUUCAAGAAGUUGAUUGAAUAUGUUGGUUGUAACAUGUGAAACAAAAAAUGAGAAAUUCGUGCUUGAAGAACAUUACCUGGUGUUGUUGGGGUAUGGAAAGAGAAGAAGAAAGAAAUUUUAAAUUAUUGUGCCAUCAGUGUAUCGGGACAUCCCAAGAAAAAUAACCGAACAUGCAUAAUUCUUUUCAUAAACAAGUUUCUCUAUCGUGACAGGUUGGUGUCACUCCACUUCCAACUAAUGAUCCAAGGGAUCUAUAUGGUUACGAGGUUAUAGUCUUUACUGGUUUUGACAGUAGCGCGGGAACCACUGCAGAUGUUUCGAUAGUGCUGACUGGCACAUUUGAGCAGACACAGACCCGUCGGUUACUCGACCUGGAGCCAGCGCGAAGAAAAUUUCAACAGGGAAGCGUUGAUAACUUUCUAUUAACAGUCCCGCGACCGCUUGGAGAGAUACUGGGUAUUCGAAUAUGGCAUAACAACACCGGCCCUGAUCCUUCGUGGUUUCUCUCACGGGUGCUCGUACGCGAUCUUCAGACUGACAAAGUGGUAUGGUUUGUUUGUGAUCGCUGGCUUGCCGUUGAAGAAGACGAUGGUCAGAUCGAUCGAAGACUUCUUCCAGCUUCAAAGGAAGAGCUGGUGAGGUUUAGUUUUCUUUUUAGCUCCGAGGUUCGUAAGAAUCUCAGUGAUGGGCAUUUGUGGUACUCGGUGUUGUAUCGUCCCCUUGGAAGUUCCUUCACCUGCGUGCAGCGCCUCUCCUGCUGUCUGUCAAUCCUCACCUGCAGCAUGCUGGCAAACGCCAUGUUUUACAAGGACGGAGCAGAGGAAAAGUCAAAUGCUGAGGUUGAAGUCAAGAUUGGACCUAUUCGACUCUCAAUAAACCAAAUCGGGAUUGGGGUCAUGUCAAGCCUGGUAGUUCUUCCUGUGAACUUACUUAUCGUUAACAUUUUCAGGAAAGCUAGGCCGAAAGAUUUGCCCAUGCUAGGUACAAAACCGAGUAAUCACCAAAGCAAUGCUUGUGAACACAGUGAUUUCGAUAGUGAAACCUGCAAUAGUUACGACCUGGUCGAGAGGAAAGAAGAAGACGCCGAAAACAGCGAAACAAAGAAGGAAGAGAAAGGGAAAAAAGGAAAGAAAAUGUUCACUCUUCCUCAUUAUACAAUCUACAUUGCUUAUGGUUUGAUUUUCGUUGCUUCUGUUACCUCUGCCGUCUUCACAAUCUUUUAUUCUCUGACAUUUGGAGAGGCCAAGUCACAGAGAUGGGUGUCAAGUAUGAUGAUAUCUUUUUGGCAAGACGUAAUUAUUUCUCAGCCACUCAAAGUCAUCAUCGUAGCAGUGCUCUUCGCUCUCAUCAUCAAAGAUCCAGACAAGGCCAUUCAAGACGACGGAAAGGAAAGAAGGGAACUUGGGACGGACGAAGAAUGGAUACAUGACUCCUAUGGCAAUCUGCAGAAUGGCUUCGACUUCCGAAAAUCUACGGAAAUUCCCAAGCCACCAAGCGAGGGACUUCUUCACAUCGCCAGACAGCGUCGCACAAAGCAGAAGCAGAUGAAAAUCAUCCUUCGUGAAAUUUUCCUCUACUUUGCGUUCAUUCUUGUCCUAAGUGUUGUAGCGUAUGGAAGCCGAGAUACUCAAGCGUAUGCCGUGACCAAAGCACUCACCGAUAUCUUCCCCGAAAGCAAGUACACCUCACUGCUUCCGUUUGAUCAGGUAAACAUGCGAAACUGUGACGAAACUAUAACAAGCAAAACUAUAGCAAGCAAUAUUUCCCUUACUGUUCGCACGUGGUAUUAAAAUAGUCGAUUCUACUGCACUUAUUCCCUUGUGGUUUUUUGUGCAUUUCUGCUGGUUUGUCUCUUCAACAGACCUUUCCAUGGCCAUUUGUUUUACGUUUUAGCUAAUUGCCCUCUAUUCAGAGUUCAAAUUAUUAUGAAUUUUGCUUUUGCUAAUCAGGCGUUAAGGCGUACGUAUGAUCACAUGAACACAAAGGAAUAAAUCUAAGUUGAAAAAGGUCUACGCACAAAUGGGUAAUUUCAUUUGGAAGGGCGUUUCUCUACCUAGAGGUAAUUCAGUCACAAAAGUGUACGCUUUUGUCUUUAACAGAGCAGUGAAGCAUCGAAAUUAUGGAACUGGAUCGAGAAUUCCUUCGUUCCCUCCUUAUACCCCCAGUACUGGUAUGGUCCAUUUAUUAUCAAACAAGAAGAGCAAUUGUGGUCUGAAGAAAGGAUGACAUUCAAAACUGGACGCGGAGGAGGACGUAAAAUCAAGACAAUAGUAAAGGGCAGUGGGUCCUAUGCUACUGACUAUGCAGAGUCUUUUGAAUCAUUGAAGAGUUUCCCCAAAACUGUCACCGCCGACCGAGGAAUGUUUUAUAUUGUGGGUGUGGCACGAUUACGUCAGCUGAGGGUGAAAAAAGGUAAUAUUUAUAGAGUUCACGGUAUUCUCCUAUUUUUCUCGUCAUUUAAAUGCGAGGCCACUCACACUAAGUGCAGCGCGCUCUAAUCAAGAGAACGCCUGGGGACAAGGUAGACACAGCGGCCUUCAAGCUACCUAAGCAUGAUCUCAAAGAGUGUUGGGAUUAUUCAGGGACUCUUUUAAAAUCGCCAAGAAACUUUAAGGAAAGUAAUUCAGUUUAGGAAAUUUUAAGGAAAGUAAUUCAGUUUAGGAAAUUUUAAGGAAAGUAAUUCAGUUUGGGAAACUUUAUGGUGUAACAUUCAAAAAAGACUAUUUCCAUCUAUCAUUGGCUCAAAACACUUAGAGUAACUACCUUGACAGAUGGUAGCUGCUUUUGUAAUUCAGCAAUGAGUCGCAAAUAACAGAUAUCUUCCAAAGUUAGGGCUGAACCAAAACCAUUCUCCUUCGGGGAUUAUUUUUUCAGAUGCCUGUACUAUCCCCUUACAUCUGCUCCACAUCAUCAAAACGUGCACUUCUUACUACUCAUGGGAAGAUGAAGAAGAAGGUGCUUUUCAUCCUGGCUGGGAACCAAUGAAGGAAAGUGACGUAGAAAAACUUUCGAAUGAUCAUCAGUCUCCCUGGAUUUGGCAAAGCGCCCUAGCGCUGAAUGGAACGCCAUUCUGGGGAAUUUUUGCAUCUUACUGGGGAGGUGGUGAGUGUCUGAACCGUGAUUAGCUGUCAUACAUUUACACCCGCAGCACCUCACGGACCGAAUCAGGAACGGAAUUAACUGAUGCGAUUCGCACACAAAAUUAGCCCAAUAAACUACUAAUUAUCAUCCCUUGACCCUUGGCUGAAAUCUUUCAAAUUUUACAGUUUCGGAGGGGGAGGGUGCGGUGAUUGAUAGAAAGAGAGAGGUUACUGAACCCAUCAAAAGAAUUUUGAAUAGCCACAACGUUAAAGUUGCUCAAAAACCUUUUCAGACUUUGGGGCAUAUUUUCGCCAAACCUAAGGAUCCUGUCACGAAAGAACAACGAACCGACGCCAUUUAUUCUAUUCCUUGCAAUGACUGUGAUAACGAAUACAUCGGACAGACCAAACGCCAGUUUGGUACACGGUUAAAAGAGCAUCAAAAAGCGGUUUUUCUUUGCAAAAAGGAAAAUUCAGCUUUAUCGGAGCAUACUUGCCUAACCAACCAUACAAUUGGGUGGGAUAAUUCUAAAAUUAUCACUACUAAUCGGCGUUACCACCAGCGCCUUUGUUUGGAGGCUUGGCACAUUAACUCCGCCCACGCUCCUUUAAAUCGUGACGAUGGCGGUCUGCUUCCUGACGCCUAUUUACACCUCGUCAGAAAAAAGGCCGCUAAUUAGUGAUCAUAUAAAAGGACCUCUUGUUGCAGCGUUUAGAUCACCCCUGAUGAAGGCACUAGACAGGAGUGUCGAAACGUUGGGUCUAUGAAUUGUAACUUCUUCGGUUACAUUCAUUAAAUCUGCAAACCAGUGUAGCUUCUAACUAUGUCAGAAAGAGAGAGUUUGGGCAUUUUAGAUUGACAUUAAAAGGGUGAUGAGUCUGUGCGUUGAGCUGUAUAAAAGCAUUUUUUCCCAGCUUCCUCAAUUCAGUGCAAAUCGAAUUAGUUAGGGAAAGGUGUGGUGUAACAAGUAAAGCAAAACGUAAGUAGGUUGAUGUUUGGAGAGAUUUUUGCCCAUUGACACAAACGACAGUAAGUAUUUCAAGGACGCAGAACGAGAGGUCAGAAGGGAAGAAGCAUGGGAGACUUUUAGUUGAAAUUGGAAUGCUCGUAUUCGAGUAAUGCUUAUUUCUAUUUUUUGCAGGUUUUGUGUACAAUCUCGCUCCCACGCGCUUGACCGCGCUAAAGAAUAUACAAGAUUUGCACAUUGAUGAGUGGAUUGAUCGGUACACGCGCGCGGUCUUCGCUGAAUUCACGGUUUACAACGCGCACACUAAUUUCUUCGGUGUAGUAACUAUGCUAACCGAAAUUCUCCCCACUGGGGGAUACUACCAUUACCCGAAAGUCCGUAGCAUCCGGCUUUACCGCUAUACUGGUCCAGAACAAAUGGUUAUCAUGGUUUUCGAGUUUAUCUUCUUCGUAUCUCUAUGCAUUUACAGUUACAACGAAGUCAAGCAGCUGUUUGUCCUUGGAAAGAGUUACUUUAAAGACCCUUGGAACUAUGUUGAGAUAAUAGUCAUCGCCUCUUCAUUCUCCGCCAUUUUUCUGUACCUUGCAGAGUUGGGGUUUGCUAAACUGGCCAUGGAGCGAAUGCGAGCAAACCCUGAUACUUUCAUCAGCUUUGACUACAUUAUAUUCCUAGAUGAAGCUUACUUGGGAACAUUAGGCUUGGCAGUUUUCUGUUUCUUUCUCAAGUUUCUCAAACUUCUCCGCUUCAAUCGACGACUAUCCACGUUGGCUCAGACGAUCAAGGUCAGCAGCAAACCAUUGCUAUCCUUCUUUGUUAUUUUUUUCCUUUUCUUUGUAGCUUACGUUCAGGUGGCGUUCCUUGUGUUUGGUCCAACAAAUGAGGAUUACGCUACGUUCGUUGUAGCAUCAGAGACUAUGCUGUCCAUGACCCUGGGAGGGUUCGAUUUCCUAGGGUUGCAGAACUCAAACCGAUUCAUCGGACCCAUCUUUUUCAUCUCUUACAUGCUCUUCAUGUUUCUGAUCCUUGUCAAUGUUUUUUUGUCCAUUGUAAACGACGCCUUCGCUGAAGUGAGUAGUAACGUUGGAAACCAAACGAACGAUUACGAGGUGCUUGAUUACAUCAUGUACUGCCUUAAAGAGCAGAUUGGCAGGCUGGCGAGUCCACCAUUCAAGCCGUUGUAUAAACCUACAUUGACAAAUUUUGAAAAGGCAGUGGCAGACGUUGAAGACUUCGCCGAGAGUAUCAUGUAUACGUUGGACAAUAUUAGCAUCGAGGAACAGCGACAGGCCAACUGGCUCGAGGUCGAAAAAAUAAGUGACAAGAAGAAAACGCUGUUCCGCUUUUUGCUGCACAUGGACGAAGACUUUGAUGAAGACGACAUUGCCGAUGCAAUCCCGCACAUGGCCAGAUUUAUGUCAAAAUACAGCCUGGAAGAGCUACAGGAAAUCUAUCAGAGGAACCGUGAACGAGUCGUGUUAUCAAAAUUCCACCUGAGUUCCACUUCUUCUUUGGAAGACAGCUCUUACGAAGGACAAUAUGAAGACAUAGAUGGCUUUGACGAACAUGUCUUACGAAGCUGGAAAAGUUGUGGAGAACUUAGCCAAGCUGAUGUCGGGGUGCCGAACAGGUUUCGAUCUCUCGAAUCGAUAGCCGAGGAGAACGAACCGAUCCACGCCAACCACACUUACGACUCUUUGGCUGGCAGUGACGAACAUGGAAACUGUUCCAGAAGUUCUUUUGAUAUUGACGAUAAAAACCCAGUUGCAAUGAUUAAGUCAUCUUCCUUGAGUGAUAUUUAUACCGAAAUAACGAGUAAUACGCAUUCGUAA